CGCGGAGUCGCGCGGAGCGGAGGGAAAGGGGAGACGCGGGAAGGAGACGCGGGAGGGAGAGGAGCUCUGCGCGGGAGCGCCGCUCAUUUCGCAUUGGUGCCGCGUCGCGUACGGUGCCGACGUCGAGAGCGGGGAGAGAGAGAGAGGGAGAGCACGGGGGAGGAAGAAGAAACACUGGGAGAGAGGAGGGAGACGCGGGAGACAUGAGCGGCGCGGGAGUAUUCGUGUGCCCGGGCGAGCGGUGAGCGCCGGGCGUGCGUUGAGGAGGUGGAGGAGGAGGAGACCUCGACUCUGCUCUCCACCGUGGGCCUGGCUCCGCGUGGCCGCGCCUCUCGCUCCGACUCCCCGCUUGCUACCCGCGUCCACCUGGGCCUCUGGACCCAGCGAACACAGCGGCCGUUCCCCCCCUCCCCUACUUCGCGUUCCUUACUCGGGGCCACCGCCGGGCUCCGCCAGAACCCCGCCAGUACCGUGCUCGGACCCCGCUCGGAGACCCCUGUUGGAUCUUCCCCGGCCAGGGAUCGAGUUCCGUUCUCGUCAGCGGCCACGCGAGGGCGCCACCCCCCCGCGCACGAGGGGGUGCCGGCUCGGGAACGACCCCCAUCGGACCCCCGUGGAGCAGACCCCGGGACCCCGAACCCCGGAUUUGGGGGACCGACCCCGCGCUGAGUGGAGCGAGAACCGCGGUGGGGAGGAGGAGGAGGACGAGGAGGGACAGGCGGUGGGGGGGCACUCCCUAGCCCCCCCCCCCCAAUCAUCUCGGAUUUAAAGACUAAUACCAGCCUCUCCACGCCAACCCACAGCCCCAGGCAGGCCCCCCACAACACCGGAUUAUUAUUCACCGUUCCGCCGGCACCGUGAGGACGGAGGUGAUGGAGACGACGAGGCAGUCUCGGGCCAUGGUGGCGAUGUGACGGCCCUGAGCGAGGGUCACUGAGGAUUAUUACAUCGGUGGCUGCCUCGGAGUGUCAGCAGCGAGUGGCGAGAUGGAGUGAGUGAGGAAGCGAGGGGUGAAGAGGUUGAGGAGGUUGAGGAGGAGGAGGAGGAGGGACACGUGAAGAUGAGCCCCCCCCGUCCCAACACGCGACCCCCCCUCCACCCCCGCGCCGCUCUCUGCCUCCUGUGCCUCGGGGUCGCGCACGCCAUGCCUCAAGUACUCCGCCUGGGAGGGAUAUUCGAGGUGGUGGAGGGGGGCCCGUCGGGUGCCGAGGAGCUCGCCUUCAAGUUCGCCGUCAACUCCAUCAACCGCAACCGCUCCCUGCUGCCCAACACGACGCUCACCUACGACAUCCAGCGCAUCAACGUCUUCGACAGCUUCGAGGCGUCACGCAAGGCCUGCGACCAGCUGUCCCUCGGCGUCGCCUCCAUCUUCGGCCCGCCGCACGUCUCGUCGGCCAACUCGGUGCAGUCGAUCUGCAGCGCCCUCGAGGUGCCGCACGUGCAGAGCGCGUGGAAGCAGCACGUGGCGCGCUCGCGCGACGCCUUCUACGCCAACCUCCACCCCGAGUACGCGUCCCUGUCGCGCGCCAUUCUCGAGCUGGUGCAGCACUUCCACUGGCGCCUCGUCACCGUCGUCUACCAGGACAGCACCGGCCUCAUCAGGCUACAGGAGCUGAUCAAGGCGCCGUCGCGCUACAGCAUCCGCCUCAAGAUCCGGCAGCUCCCCACGGGCACGAAGGACGCGCGGCCGCUCCUGCGCGAGAUGAAGCGCGCCAAGGAGUUCCACGUCAUCUUCGACUGCAGCCACACCACGGCGGCCGAGAUCCUCAAGCAGGCGCUGUCCAUGGGGAUGAUGACUGAGUACUACCACUACAUCUUCACCACGCUGGACAUGCUGGCUCUGAACAUGGAGAAUUACCGCUACACGGGAGUGAACAUGACCGGGUUCCGCAUCCUCAACACGGACAGCUCCUACGUGGCCUCCACCAUCGAGAAGUGGACUAUGGAGCGGCUCCAGGCGUCGCCGCGGCCCGAGUCCGGUCUGCUCGACGGAAUUAUGACGACGGACGCGGCCCUCAUGUACGACGCCGUGCACGUGGUCUCGGCCGCGUCGCAGCGCCUUCCCUCCAUGACCGUGAGCUCGCUGCAGUGUCACCGCCACAAGCCCUGGAGGUUCGGGCCGCGGCUCAUCGCGCUCAUCCGAGAGACGCAAUGGGAUGGACUCACGGGCAGGAUUCGCUUCAACAAGACGAACGGACUCAGGACGGACUUUGACCUCGACAUCGUGAGCCUCCAAGAGGACGGACUCGACAAGCCCACACGCGCCACCGGUCCCGACUCUGCUCUUCGUGGCGGAGUAUGGAGCAAGAUCGGCACGUGGGACCCGUCCGCGGGGCUCAACAUGACGGAUGGGCGCAAGGAGCGCGCCGGCAACGCCAGCGACAUCAUCUCCAACCGUUCGCUGGCGGUCACCACCAUCCUGGAGGACCCGUACGUGAUGUACAAGAAGUCGGACAAGCCGCUGUACGGCAACGAGCGGUUCGAGGGCUACUGCAUCGACCUGCUCCGCGAGCUCGCCAACAUCCUGAAAUUUACCUACGACGUCCACCUCGUGGGCGACGGCAAGUACGGCGCCCAGAACGAGCACGGCCAGUGGAACGGCAUGGUGCGCGAGCUCAUGGACCACAAGGCCGACCUGGCAGUGGCCCCGCUGACCAUCACCUACGUUCGGGAGAAGGUCAUCGACUUCUCGAAGCCCUUCAUGACGCUGGGCAUCAGCAUCCUGUAUCGGAAGCCCAACGGCACCAACCCUGGCGUCUUCUCAUUCCUCAAUCCGCUCUCGCCCGAUAUCUGGAUGUAUAUUCUGCUCGCCUGCUUAGGUGUCAGCUGUGUGCUGUUUGUCAUCGCCAGGUUCAGCCCGUACGAGUGGUACAACCCGCACCCGUGCAACCCGGACUCGGACGUGGUGGAGAAUAACUUCACGCUGCUAAACAGUUUCUGGUUUGGCGUCGGAGCUCUCAUGCAGCAAGGCUCUGAGCUGAUGCCCAAGGCCCUGUCGACGCGCAUCGUGGGCGGCAUCUGGUGGUUCUUCACCCUCAUCAUCAUCUCGUCCUACACGGCCAACCUGGCCGCCUUCCUCACCGUCGAGCGCAUGGAGUCGCCCAUCGACUCGGCGGACGACCUCGCCAAGCAGACCAAGAUCGAGUACGGGGCCGUGCGCGACGGCUCCACCAUGACCUUCUUCAAGAAGUCCAAGAUCACCACGUACGAGAAGAUGUGGAUCUUCAUGGACAGCCGCGCGCAGACGUCGCUGGUGAAGAGCAACGACGAAGGCAUCAACCGCGUGCUCACCACGGACUACGCCUUCCUCAUGGAGUCCACUAACAUCGAGUUCGUGACGCAGCGCAACUGCAACCUCACGCAGAUCGGCGGGCUCGUGGACAGCAAGGGAUAUGGAGUGGGGACCCCCAUCGGCUCUCCGUACCGUGACAAGAUCACGAUCGCCAUCCUGCAGCUGCAGGAGGAGGGCAAGCUGCACAUGAUGAAGGAGAAGUGGUGGCGUGGCAACGGAUGCCCCGAGGAGGAGAGCAAGGAGGCGAGCGCGCUGGGCGUGCAGAACAUCGGCGGCAUCUUCAUCGUGCUCGCCGCGGGCCUCCUCCUCUCCGUGUUCGUGGCCGUCGGGGAGUUCCUCUACAAGGCGCGGCAGAACGCCGAGCUGCACAAGAAGCCGCUGUGCAGCGCCAUGGCCGAGGGCCUGCGCCUCUCCCUUCGCUGCCAGCGCCACUUUCGGCCAAAGCCUCGGCCCCUGGCCCGCAAGGAGGAGAGCGUGAACCUGCACACCGUCAACGACCGCCGCCUGCCGGGCAAGGAGACCAUGGCGUGAGGGCGGACACGGCCGCCUCUCUACCUUCAACAACCCCCCCGCCCACCACCACCACCACCUCUCCCGUCCUCUCCCAGGGGGGAGGAGGAAGGGAGAAGGAGGGGGGGGGGGCGGCGCGCGAUAUCAGCGCGGGGUGGUGGGUAGCGGUGGCGGCUCGCCACGCAGCGCCAAGGCCCAGGGCUCGCAAGCCAAGUGAAGGCACGAGGGAGGAACUGCUGGGACUCCCGAGCAGGGACGGACACCUCCUCCCCCUCCCCCCACUCCCCUACCCCCGAUGGGGCCAGCCCCAACCCCCCCCCUCCCCCCCCCCCCGCCGUGUGUUGGAAGAUCCGUCUCGCCUCGGCGUCCUGGAGGGCGGAGACGCGCAGAGCCGAGAGGGGUCUCGCGUGAUGAACUCCGCACGUGGUCGGUGCCGCAUGGACGUUGCCUGGUCCCAGGAACUUCUUCCUCCACCCGCCGGGGGUCGGCACGGCUCGGGACUUGUGGCCGCGCAGAUGUUGACGAGUUGAGAGCCGAGGAAUGGAGGAGGGGGUGGGAGGAAGGAGGAGGAAGCUUGGAGAGUCGCGGCCGCCACCACCACACGGACCCCGACACGGACUAUGGCCAGAGACGAGUGCGGCGCUCGGGGUUUCGCGGGGUAUGGCGGGACCGGGGGAGGGGGAGGAGGGGCCUCGUGUAGGGUAGGGGAGGGGGGUGGCAUGAGAGGUGGCGGGGGUCAUGGACUUGACGACCCUGUUGGAGGUCACGGUCUGGGAUCUUCUCUCCCCGUCGGGUCCGCCGUGCACGCUUCUCUCUCGGCGGCCUCUGAGUGCGUGCUCACACACCCCUCCCCUCUCCCCCCCCCCGUCUCCCCUCUCACUCAUCCACUCCACUCUCUCCAUACCCAGUGUUGUUCUCCUCUUGCGUCUCUCUCUCCCGUACCGCCCCAAGCCCUCCCCUCUCCUGCCUCUUCCCUUAUCUCUCUCUCUUUCCUCGGCAACCCCCUGCUCGCCAACCCCUCUACAACCCCUCUCCUCCUCUCUCCUCAACCUUCUCCUCGUCUCCCCUGCUCCUCCUUUUCCUGUGCCCCCCCCCACCCACCCCCGCCCCUCUUUCCCAUGUCCGCGUGGCCCCUAAACGUCCGCGCGUGACCGGGCCCGACCCGCGUUCUCUCUGCGGCGAUUGCAACUCAAAGUUAAAGCGAAGGUGGAGGAAAUGAGCAAACACAUACCUAACUAAUAUAGAAGAGUGGAGAAACGGAGAUAACACAAAUAAAUAAAUAAAUCGGCGCGGCAGCCCCGGUGGGGAAGGGGGUGGGGGCCACGCGGACUCCUCGGUGGGGUAGCCACGUGCUCGGGGAGCCACGUGCUUGGUGGGAGGGGGCGGGGGGGCACGCGUUGUGUUUUUACGAUGAAGAGAGGCGCGUGAUUAUGAUUAUAGACGACUCUGUACUAUGGCGCAUCAUCAGCUCCACCAUUAAAGGCCGGCGACUCGCCA